UGGCUCUGUAGCCGGGGCUGGGCCAUUGCCGGGCGGGUGGUUGUGCAGAUUCCUCUCCGGAUCUCCCGCUGUUUCUCACCUUAUUGACUGGGACAGAAACAGUUUCUAUUUCAUCCCGAAAUGCUCCCCCACUCCCCCUACCCCAUUGACAACUGCACUCUGAGCUCUCACUUCUGCAAUUCCCUCCCCAAACUCUUUGGCAUCUUCCACUUGAAGACCCCCGCAAAAACCCGCCCAUCUCCUAUCUUUGCUCAAUUCUAAUAUCCUUUUUUAAGUUCUGUUCCCUUGAAAUAAUGUCUCUCUGAAGUGUUUUGGGAUUUUCUUUAUACAUUAAGUACCCUACACACAAAUCCUAGGCCAAAGUGGCUUCAGGAAGUAUCUGAUACAGGGCAGCACCUUCACAAUAUUCUCAGGUUGGAAAGGAGGUGGCAGAAUGUAAUUUACACCGCUCUCCACUUAUCCCAACUCGAGACAAUACUGUCUCUUGCUGGGCUUAUAGCUCUACGGCAGUCAAUUGACACCCUACCCUUCAACUGACUCUUUAUGUGUGAACCUGGGCUGUGCUAUUAGCAGUCUAUUUAACUACAGGGAACCUCAUAGUUCAGGCUUAUCCUCUCCUCAGUCAAUGUACUUUCAUUGGACUAUGAUUGAAUGGGAAACCUCGAUGGUUUAGUUUUUUCUCUUUGGUCUCUGAGCACAUGUCUGUGCAAUCACUAACACCGUCUAUUUCCUCUAUCAUUGCCCAAUUCCAUCCCUGCCUUAGCUCAUCUGUUGCUGAAACCCUCAUGCUUGCUGUUGUAAUCUCUGGACUCGAUUAUUCCAAAGCACUCCCUGCCAGCCUCUCACGUUUAACCCUCCAUAAACUUGAGGUCACCCAAAACUCUGCUGCCCAUGUUCUAAUUGGCACCAAGUCCUGUUCACCCAUCACCCUUGUGCUCGCUGACAGUCUUGGCUCCUGGUUAAGCAAUGCCUCAAUUUUAAAGUUCUCUUCUUUGAUUUCAAAUCCCUCUGUGGUCUCGCCCCUCCCCACUCUAUGAUCUUCUCCAGCCCUAAAACUCUCCAAGGUAUCUAUGUGCCUCCAGUUCUGAUCUCUUGAGCAUUGCUGAACUGUUGCAGAGCCUUCAGCUUCCAAGGACUUAAACACUGGAAUUCCCUUUCUACACCUCUCCACCUCCCUACCUCUCUCUCUUUAAAAUGCACCUUAAAACUUACCUCUCUCUCUCGGCAUUUGGCCAUCUUCCUUAAUAUCUCCUUACGUGAUUCCGUAUAAAACUUUAUUUGAUAGUGCUCCUGUGAAGCAUCUGGAUGUGUUUUACUAUCUUAAAGGUGCUAAUUAAGUACCUAAGUGCACCCACUCAUGCUCGCUGCGGAACCUGGGAAAUGAGCAUGAAAGGAUCAAUCGGAAGGACUACGAGCUGAUGGUGAACCCCAAGGUCUUCCCUCAGGUGAAGCUUGGUGAUAUUGUGGAGAUUGCACAUAUCAAUGAUGAGUAUAGCCCUCUUCUUCUUCAGGUGAAGUCUUUGAAAGAAGACUUGCAGAAAGAAACUAUUAGUGUGGACCAGACUGUGGCCCAGGUGUUUAAGCUCCGAGCUUACCAAGAUGUCUAUGUUAAUAUUGUGGAUCCCAAGGAUGUUAGCCUUGAUCUGGUGGAGCUAACCUUCAAGGACCAAUACAUCGGGCGCAGCGACAUGUGGCGGUUAAAGAAGAACCUGGUUAACACCUGUGCUUACGUUACACAGAAGGUGGAAUUUGCUGGAAUAAGAGCACAAGCAAGUGAACUUUGGGUCAAAGGUGAAAAGGUUACCUGUGGAUACAUAAGCGAAGAAUCCAGGGUGGUGUUCCGAUCUACCUCUGCCAUGGUCUAUAUUUUCAUCCAGAUGAGCUGUGAGAUGUGGGACUUUGACAUCUAUGGUGAUUUGUACUUUGAGAAGGCUGUCAAUGGUUUUCUUGCUGACCUAUUUGCCAAAUGGAAGGAUAAGAAUUGCAGCCAUGAGGUGACAGUGGUUUUAUUUUCUAGGACUUUCUAUGAUGGCAAGUCAAUGGAUGAGUUUCCUGAGAGUCACCGGCCCUCCAUUCAGCAGGAUCAUGAGGGAAGAUUCUAUGAAGACUUUUAUAAAGUUGUUGCCCAGAAUGAAAGACGGGAAGAAUGGACUUCACUGCUUACAACAAUUAAAAAACUUUUCAUUCAGUAUCCUGUGCUGGUGCGGUUGCAGGAAGCAGAUGGGUUUCCACGUGGACAGAAUUCUACAGCGGCCCAAGGAAACUAUUUGGAAGCCAUCAAUCUAUCGUUUAAUGUGUUUGACAAGCAUUACAUAAACCGAAACUUUGAUCGCACCGGCCAGAUGUCUGUGGUUAUCACGCCUGGGGUGGGAGUGUUUGAAGUUGACCGGUUGUUGAUGAUUCUUACCAAGCAACGGAUGAUUGACAAUGGUAUUGGUGUUGACCUGGUGUGUAUGGGUGAGCAGCCCCUUCAUGCUGUGCCAUUGUUUAAGCUGCACAAUCGAAGUAUCCCUGGAGAUUCUCGUCUAGGUGACGAUUACAAUAUUCCCCACUGGAUAAACCACAGUUUCUACACCUCCAAGAGUCAGUUAUAUUACAAUAGUUUCACUCCUCGCAUUAAACUUGCGGCAAGAAAGGCACCAGCAGAGAAAGGCAAAAAUAAUAAAGAUAACACAAUUGGGGCCAGCAGCCCAAAGGAAUCCGAGAACAGCCUUCCAAUCCAGGUGGAUUACGAUGCAUACGAUGCUCAGGUAUUCCGGUUGCCUGGACCGUCUAGAGUCCAGCGGCCCACCUCCUUCAGACCUGUUCGAGAAAGCCACACCAGGAAAAGUUCCAGCUCCUAUGACGUUUCAAACAGUCCACCCCACCACAGAGGAACGCUGCCCCUGGAGGAAGUCAGGAGCCAGGCCUCUGACGACAGCUCUCUUGGAAAGAUUUCAAAUAUUCUUCUGAUCCCACGGCCUCAUCUUCACCAGUACGAAGUUAGCAGCUCUCUGGGGUACACAAGCACCAGGGAUAUCCUGGAACGAAUGAUUGACUCACAGCAGAGGGAUUCCAGUGCUCCAGGACGUUUUCAUGUUGGCAGCGCUGAGUCCAUGCUCCAUAUUCGACCGGGCGGCUACACCCCUCAGCGGGCACUCAUUAAUCCGUUUGCACCUUCCCGAAUGCCAAUGAAGCUAACGUCAAACAGGAGGAGGUGGAUGCAUACAUUCCCAAUAGGUCCCUCUGGAGAAGCAAUCCAGAUCCAUCACCAGACCAGACAGCAUAUGGCAGAGCUUCAGGGAAGCAGUGUACAGGAUCCUACACACUCCUCCGCAGAACUACUGGAGCUAGCUUACCAUGAAGCGACUGGCAGACGGAGCACCGCCAGGCAGGCUGCUGAUAACCUAUCUUUCCUGGGGUGUACAGGAGUGGAGGAGUUUGCCACGAGUCCUGCCAGCAGCCACAGUGCAGGGACUCCACUGAACCAGGCGUCAUCCUACGAGGACCCUUCUACUGGCCGUGAUCCAAUUCUGAUGCUGUCUGCUCCUCCUGUAGUGCCCAGUUUCUGUUGCACAGUUGGUGUUGACUGGAAGUCUCUCACCACACCUGCCUGCUUGCCACUCACCACAGACUACUUUCCAGACCGGCAGAGCCUCCAGAAUGACUACACAGAGGGCUGCUACGACCUCCUCCCAGAGACUGACGUUGACAGGAGAGAUGAGGACGGGCCUGUAAUGACAGCCCAGCAGGUAUUUGAGGAGUUCAUCUGCCAACGGCUCAUGCAGGGCUACCAGAUUAUUGUCCAGACCAAGAACAAGCUGUCCAGCACUACAGCUUCAGCCCCCCUCAGCAGCAGCCCCCUCUACACACGGGGUCUAGUGUCUAGGAACAAGCUGGAGGAGGAGGAGACCGCAUAUUGGCUGAGCAUGGGACGCACCUUUCACAAGGUCUGCUUAAAAGACAAGAUCAUAACCGUCACACGCUACCUACCAAAGUACCCUUAUGAGUCUGCUCAGAUCCAGUAUAGUUACAGCCUCUGUCCGCCACAUCCCAGUACCGAGUUUGUGUCGUGCUGGGUGGAGUUCUCCCAUGAGCGGCUGGAAGAGUACAAAUGGAAUUACCUGGAUCAGUACAUCUGCUCGUCAGGCUCUGAGGAUUUCAGCCUGAUCGAAUCCCUGAAGUUCUGGCGAACAAGGUUCUUGUUGCUGCCCGCCUGUGUAACAGCUACGAAACGAAUCAUGGAGGGAGAGACCCGCUGUGACGUUUACGGGGAGAAGUUACGCUCCGACCAGGAGGAGUGGCAGCUGCUGGAUGGCUUCAUUCGGUUUGUGGAGGGUUUGAAUCGAAUACGAAGAAGGCACCGCUCUGACAGAAUCAUAAGGAAGGGAGCCCUCAUUAAAGGACUGCAGGUGACCGGGCCCCUCGCAAACUAUCCCACUGAACCAGCUGGACCACCUCUCGGGAAGAAGGGAACGUCCGCUCUGUCAGCCUUGCUGGAGAUGGAAGCCAACCAGAGGAGCUUCGAGGAGCAGCAGGCAGCAGUCCAUUCUGCGAAAGGUGCUGGCCCAGCCUCUGACAGUAUCCCACAUUCUGGGGCCAACAUUGCCAUCACUCCCAGUUAUGUCGACAGUCCAAGGAAGGUCCAAGGAGACCAGGCGUCAAUGGGCACUGACUAUUCAGAUUACAGCCCAGCUUCAGGAACCACUGCUCCAACUGGAGACAAAUCCAGUACAUCGGGAAAUGCACAGACCUCUGCCAUGGGUGUCACUCAGGGUACAGGGGACCAGCCUCCUAUCCCUGCCACAUUAGAGGGCAGCAACCAGCUGUCCUCUGGAAUUGCAAAUUCACUGACUUCCUCCUCAUCACUAGCAGAAAUACUGGAAACAAUGAAGCACCCCACUACUGGUAUUCAACUACUCCCAGAACAAAGGGGGCUGCACCCCAAUUGUUUCAUCAGCGCAGAGGUGGUCCACUGGCUUAUCAGCAAUGUUGAAGGUGUCCAGACUCAGCCUAUGGCCAUCGACAUCAUGCAGAAAAUGCUGGAUGAGCAACUCAUUGUCCAUGCUUUUGGGGAGUCUAUGCGGGCAUUCGUGUAUGGCUUCUACCUGUACAGGCUUGUCACAGACAAAGACACUGAGAAAGGAAAUUUGCAGUCUUCCACUAUCUGGUAUACCUCAACAAUGGACGACCUGGCUGCAUUCCAGCGCAAGUGGUUUGAGGUGGCUUUCCUCACAGAAGAGCGGCUUCAUGUUGACAUUCCUGCCUUCUUGUUACCGUGGUUACCCAGUAGGCCAGCGUCCUAUGCAAGUAGGCACAGUUCCUUCAGCCGCAGUUUUGGAGGACGAAGUCAAGCCGCUGCCUUACUAGCUGCCACAGUCCCUGAACAGAAGACGGUGACCCUUGACGUGGAUGUCAAUAACCGCUCAGACCGUGUUGAAUGGUGCAGUUGCUAUUACCAUGGGAACUACUCAAUAAAUGCUGCAUUUGAAGUCAAGUUGCAUUGGAUGGCAGUAACAUCAGCUGUGCUCUUUGAAAUGGUGCAAGGCUGGCACAGGAAGGCCACCUCCUGUGGAUUUCUCUUGGUACCUGUUCUCGAAGGCCCAUUUGCUCUACCCAGCUACCUGUAUGGAGAUCCAUUGCGAACUCAGCUUUUCAUCCCGCUUAAUAUUAGUUGCUUGGUGAAGGAAGGUGCUGAGCAUCUCUUCGAUGGGUUCGAGCCUGAGACUUACUGGGACCGAAUGCAGCUUCUGCAGGAGGCCAUUCUUGCCAGGUUUGGUUUUGUCCAAGACAAGUACACCGCCUCAGCCUUUAACUUUCCUGCAGAGAAUAAGCCGCAAUACAUUCAUGUCACAGGUACAGUAUUUCUUCAGUUGCCGUUUUCCAAACGCAAGUUCACCAGCGGCCAACAGAGACGGCGGAGGAACUCCACCAGCUCUAGCACCCAGAGCCUUUUUGGUGAGGAGAAAAUCGGCUAUAACUGGGCCUACAACACCAUGCUGACCAAAACCUGGCGAUCCAGUGCCACGGGCGAUGAGAAAUUUGCCGACCGCCUGCUCAAGGACUUCAAUGACUUCUGCUCCAACAAGGACAACCGUCUGGUCAGCUUCUGGGAGAGCUGUCUGGAGAAAAUGCAUUCCAGUGCACCCUGAGAGGGAGAGCCAGAACAAGAAUAGGUGGAAAAAGCAGGGAAUCACUGUGACGGUCUGAGUUAGAGCAGACUCUAGCUGGUGGCACAUAUACCUAUUCUUUGCCCAUUGGAAGCACAUUCAAUAUCCAUCGUAUGCUUGGGUCGAGUUGUAAUUCUGUAUGACGCUGGUCCACAGUGUCACACGCACUCCAUUUGGUGCCUGAGUUUUCCCAAAUGAUGAUUGCUUCAUCCAACUGCUUCCUUUGCCCUCUUAGUCAGCCUAUCCAUACAUCUGGCCACAUUGACUAUGAAUCUAGAUAUGGCUUCCAUUUCAGUUGCUCUGACAAAAGCCUGGCACAGAAUAGUUAGUGAAUCUGAUCAGUCAGAGUAGGAAUGAGUUGCUGGGCAUCUUGGCAAUGAACAUUUUGAAAGGAUUUGCGGAGAAAUCCAAAAGGAAGGAGCUUCAUUAGCUGAUGUCCCUCGAAUAACCUGCAUUAUCUAGUCAGACCUCAUCAUUAACAAACUCCUCUCUCAAAGCACUAGCUCCCAUCAAUGUGGUUCUUGCUAAUUUCAAACCUCAGUUAGAUGAACUCAUUGGAAUGACUGACCUCAUUCUCUACACUUUGUAACUAUGUGCCUUUGCCAGUGACUGUGCUGAUAUGUCAAGUCCAGAUAAUGACUAACUUAGUUUUCGUAUUAAUUAUUUAUUUAAGCCAUUAUGUGGGGAAUACUUUCUUUCAGCUUUGUUUAGAAGGGAAUGGAAUGACACAAGGCUUCAUGUCGAGCAGAACGUUCCAAUGGAACUUAGAAAUAUCAGCUUGGCUGUUGCCCAGCCCAAGGCAAUGUUGCCCAUUCCGGUCCUGAUCGUGAGUACAGUUGUGACCAGCUUCUGAAUUCUAACACAUCUGCGGCAUAUGACCCUUAUGUUACUGUCAAGCAUAUCAUCAGAUCUUUCAUUGUGUUUUCUCCUGGCAUUUUACUUACAUAUGCAUAGCUUUUUCUGCUCUCCUUCUCUCCCUAGUGUCUGUAUUCUCAGUUAAUUUGGAAGCGGUUGGGGUCGGU